AUGCCCCCCAAGUCUCUUUGCAACCUCUCCGGGACCGCGGAGGAGAAUCCGGGAGACUUGGUCCCCGGAGUGUCGGAGAGAGACUUCCUGCCACCCUCCGACGGGACCAGCGCCAAGUUCGCGAUCCGCUGCGUGAUCCCGUCCCUCUACCUGCUCAUCAUCACAGUGGGCUUGCUGGGCAACAUCAUGCUGGUGAAGAUCUUUAUCACCAACAGCGCCAUGAGGAGCGUCCCCAACAUCUUCAUCUCCAAUCUGGCCGCCGGGGACUUGCUGCUGCUGCUCACCUGCGUCCCAGUGGAUGCCUCGCGCUACUUCUUCGACGAGUGGAUGUUCGGGAAGGUGGGCUGCAAACUGAUCCCGGUGAUCCAGCUCACCUCGGUGGGGGUUUCCGUGUUCACUCUCACUGCCCUCAGCGCGGACAGGUACAGAGCCAUUGUCAACCCCAUGGACAUCCAGACAUCCGGGGCGGUGCUGUGGACCUGCAUGAAGGCGGUGGGGAUCUGGGUGAUCUCCCUGCUGCUGGCGGUUCCAGAAGCCGUGUUUUCAGAAGUGACGCACAUUGAUAGCUUGGAAAAUGGCAACUUCACUGCGUGUAUACCUUACCCUCAGACGGAUGAAUUACACCCAAAGAUUCAUUCAGUGCUCAUCUUCUUGGUCUAUUUCCUCAUUCCACUGGCUAUUAUUAGCGUUUAUUAUUAUCAUAUUGCAAAGACCUUAAUUAAAAGUGCACAUAAUCUUCCUGGAGAAUACAAUGAACAUACUAAAAAACAGAUGGAGACACGGAAGCGCCUGGCUAAAAUUGUGCUAGUGUUCGUGGGCUGCUUUGUCUUCUGUUGGUUUCCAAAUCACAUUCUCUACAUGUAUAGGUCUUUCAAUUAUAAUGAGAUUGACCCAUCUCUAGGCCACAUGAUUGUCACCUUAGUUGCCCGUGUUCUGAGCUUUUGCAAUUCUUGUGUCAAUCCAUUUGCUCUUUAUCUACUCAGUGAAAGCUUCAGGAGGCAUUUCAACAGCCAGCUCCGCUGUGGGAGGAAGUCCUAUCAAGAGGGAUCAACCAGCUACCUUCCCAGCUCUUCUGCAGUGCGUAUGACAUCUCUGAAAAGCAAGGCUAAAAACAUGAUAACCAAUUCAGUUUUACUAAAUGGGCACAGCAUGAAGCAAGAAAUGGCAUUGUGA